AUGAGAACGGAGGUGGAGAUCUCGUGGAAGCCGCCACCUCCUGAGUGGGUCACCCUCAAUUCAGACGGUUCCGUUCUUACUGAUUCAGGCCAUGCAGCGGCAGGUGGCCUGAUUAGAGAUCACACUGGACGUUGUUUAACAGCGUUCGCUUAUAACUUGGGUGCGUGUUCUAUCACCCGAGCAGAAUUGAGGGGCGCGGUAGAGGGUCUUCAACUGGCUUGGAACAUGGGCUAUCGGCGGGUGAAUGUUGAGUUGGACUCACUAUGCUCGGUUCAUCUUCUCACCAGUAACGAGCAUAGGGAUCACCAACAUGCUGCUAUCAUCGACAGGUUCCAAGACUUAACGACUCGCGACUAG